AUGCGACUCUUUUACCUCGCCGGCAUCCCCGGCACUCUCGCGGCCUCAACAGGGUUGUUUAACGUCCUCUCCUUUAAUGUUGCCGGUCUCCCUCCCAUCUUCAACAACAACGACGUCCCCGGCGACAAAGCGACGAAUUCUGAAGCCAUUGGUGCCAAGUUCGCGGAGUACGGCUACGAUAUCAUUCAUGUGCAGGAGGAUUUCAAUUUCCAUGCCCAUGUCUACAAGACCGACAAUCAUGCCUACCGCACCCCAACUUCGGGAGGCGCUGGGCUUGGAUCAGGUCUGAACACGUUGGCCAAUUUCCCCUGGAUUAACUUCGAAAGAAUUAAAUGGGAUAUCUGCUCUGACGCAUCAGGUGCCGACUGUCUGACGCCAAAGGGAUUUACGAGCAUGCGCGUGCGCUUGGAUGAGGGAGUCUACGUGGAUUUCUACAACUUGCAUGCGGAUGCCGGAUCAAAUUCGGCCGAUGUAGAUGCCCGGGGCGCCAAUCUGCAGCAGUUGGCCGACUACAUAGGUACAAACUCGGCUGGGAAUGCCGUGCUGGUCUUUGGCGAUACAAACGCGCGAUACACGUCGUCUGGGGAGAAUAUUCGGGUGUUUGAGAAGGAUCAGAACAUGACCAACCCGUGGGUACAUUUGAUCCUCAAAGGAAAGGAGCCGAGCCAGGGCAUCGACCCCUGGAAAUGCGACAAUCCUAGUCCGAACAACACCUGCGAAACGGUUGAUAAGAUUUUUUACCGGGGUAGCCGGGCUCUAAGCUUAGACGCUACGUUUUGGAAUUACGAGGAUACCAAAUUCCUUUCCAGCAACGGUACAAUUUUGUCCGACCAUAACCCCAUUACAUCUAACUUCACGUGGACGCUCUCGGAGACUUUGCGCCAAAGCGAUCUUUUUGGUGGACCUCACGGCUCAUGGUUCAACGAUAUUUCUUCGUUACCCACCUCUCACACCCAGAGAAAACCUACCAACAUCUUACUGCGUGGUGCUAAUCGUCUGGAUGGCGUUACUUUGACAUUGACCCCGGGACAGAACUACACACACGGCGGCGUAGGCGGUGAUUUGGUCGAGCUGAGCCUGAAUGAAGCCGAAUACUGGACCGAGACUACACUGUGCCAGGGCAAACACAACGACCACACACGCAUAUUCUACCUGCAGGUGACGACCAGUGCUGGAAACGAGCUGGAAAUUGGCACUCGGACGGAGGAUUGUGAGGAGUUCAGGGCACCCCAGGGCUGGCAGGUUGUGGGCUUUUAUGGUCGCGAUGGUGACGAAGUCGAUCAGCUGGGUUUUAUCUACGGACCGCAGUGA